CUACACUUUGCUCCGCCAAUUUAUUUGCUGUUUAUGGGUUCAAGUGAGCGUUUGAUGCUACCAAGUACAAUAAAGAACGACCUUUGAUAUGCAGGCUUGUUGAAUGGCAAAGAUAUAGCUGAGAGAUCGUAUAACUUUUGUGUUAACAGCCCUGUGUUUGAUACUUGAUUCCAUCAUGCAGCGCUGGAUAUAUUCAGAGAAGUCAUCUUUUUAAAAGAGUAAAGCCCGGAAUUGAGUUAAUUAAUUGUGCCACUUAAUAAGGAUAAAUAUUUCCGGAAUUUCAAUUUUUAAUUUGCCUGACUAAAUAGUUUAGGUUAUAUAACGCCUUAUCAACUUUGAUCGUUACUGGGUUUUGGACUUUUUCUUUAGAUGAAUGUGUUUCAAACGUGUCUGAUCUCGUUCUUUAAUAAGCCAUUAAUACAGCUCUUAGUGUACUGGGAAGAAUGUGAGAAACGAAAGAGAACGUGACAUUAGUAUAUUUAUUUUUAAAGAGAAUAACUAAUAUAAUGUGUAAAGGAAUAUAAAACGAUAUUAUAUAAAGUUAUUAUAUUAUAUUAAAAGAAAGUGCAGAAACGAAGGAUGAAAGUUUGAUGUGAGUGAUUUAUUUGGACCGAGGAUUCGUUUGUUGGUUUAAUUAUAUACGGAAUUAAGACAGGAUCUUAUAGAAAAUCAUACAAUAUAUGCAUAUGUGGAGAUUUUGUUUCAUUUACUGCAAAGUGUGUGGGUUUUUUUAUUGAAAUUUAUACAAUGAAAAAAGGUUUAUUAUUUAAAAGUAAAAGAUGCUACAGAAUAAUAUUUUUUCUGUCGAAUCAUUAAUGUGGAAAGUUUGAUUAGAACAAUGUGUGCCUUAUUUAAUUAAAAAUAUUUUACAGAAUAAAAUAAGAUUUUUAUAGAAUAAUUAUCGGUUUAUCUUAAUAAUACAGAAUGCCUUUGUAAUAUCAUUCAGGAAACUGGUUAUAAACUAAAUGUACUUAAGCAAACGUCAUAUAAUCAGCCACUUAUGAAUAUAUGAAUGACAUAGCCAUUGACAUUAUUGUGUUAAUAUAUCGGCUGAUAAGCUCUACAUGAGGUGAUGUUUAUUCGCCACAUGGUUCUGAAGGCGGUCUACUGAGGAAAUAUGUUUGGAUGUGAUCUUUUGUGAAAGCUGGGUGUAAUUAAUUUGCGCAGCUGAAGAGAAAAAAUAAAAUAAAAUGGAAAGUUUGUGGAAAUUGUUCAAUGUUUGCUUUCUUUGUUGCUUUGUGUUAUCAACGGCUGUGUUCGGUCAGGUUAAAAAGACCGCCCCAGAUAUGUUGCCAAUUAAGAUUGACGAAGCCAGCGUCAUGUCGUCCAUGCUGCUAGUUGUGGAUAAAAAAUUUGACACUCUAAGCACUCGGAUUACUUCCUUAGAACAGGCGGUGAACAAUCUACAAUUUUAUAGUUUAAGACAAUUUAAAAUAAUAAACACGAAUUUACAGAGUGUGAACAGUUUUAUACACGGAGUUCAUGGACAGAUGACCCAGCUCGACAGUGACAGUCGUGCCGUUAAGAUCGCUUUAGAUAUCUUGGAUCAAGACAUGACAGACUACACCGAAAGUAACAAGGAGUAUUUAGAAGAUUUAAGCAAAACUAUGACUCAGAUUGACAGUUCGUUACAUGAUAAAACAAACGAUAUAAAACAAAGCUUAAGUAUUAUGGAAGAAAAUAUUGUGAACAAAAUCAUAUCAAAAUUAAUUCCAAAUGUUACAACGACGCAACAACCGAUCACUACUCCAACUCCGACCGAUAUACCAUGUCAAGUUAACAUAACUCAUUUAGAAAAUCACAUUGAUAGACGUUUUGUGGAGCUUAAACUAUACACCCAACUACAGAUUGCUUCUAAUAUAAACAACAUCAGCAGCAUCUUUUCAAUCGCGGAAGCCAAACAAGAACUUUAUAAACAUACGCUUGACAAUAGAAAAAAUCCCACUGUUAAUAAAUUGGAUUCUCUUCCGGAAGAAAAUUUUAUUCGAGAUGGCGAGAGGAAAUUAGAAUGCAGUUUAAUAGAAAAUGAAAAACUUUUUAACGCCCUCUCAAACAUGACUGCUAACAUCGUGCAAGCUGUUAGUUAUUUUCGGCAUACAGGCAGUCUCUUUGAAGCUAUAAUUACUAACACGGACUCCAUAGCCGUAGAUCAAACACAGAUUCGACAGGAAUUAACAGAAUUAAAAGCAGGGCUACAAGGUCAAAAUUUCACCGACUCCGGACUCUUCAACGAUAACGAGCAUAAACCAAGCAUUAAAGUUAAUCAUACAAACAACGAAAUGUGUUCUUUAUCGUUUAAAGAAAUGCAGGAUGCCAUAGUCAAGUCCAGAAACGAAACCAAAUUUCUCGAUGUGGUGGCUCGCUUAGUGCUAAAUACUUCAGUUUCAUUAAGUAACACUUUAGUGGGUCUUCAAGAUGAGGUUUUCCGGUUAAACGAAAUUGGGAUUAAAUUGUCGGAAGCUAAUGUUAACAAAGUAACUUACGACCCGACAAGAAUUUUACAAGAUAUUUUAAAUCACACUAAGUUGACCCAUAAUAUUGCUCGAAUUAUUGCAUCAAACACUGGGUGGAUGCCACAUACAUUUCAUCGGGUUGGAGCAGUUGGUGAGCAAUUAAAUAAAAGUUUAGAAAUUACACAAAAUCUUUAUGGUGAUUUCUCAAAUGUAUUUGACAUUCAGAUGGGUUCAAAAAGGGGGAAGGAACAUAAUAAAGCCCAAACGGUAAUGGAGAGUGCACUUAAUCACCGAGCCCAGACAGCCUCUCGUGAAUAUGAUAUACUUCGUGAGGAUAAUGUGACAAGUUUACCAUCAAGCCCUUUGCUAAAUUUAAUUUUCGAUACGAAUAAAGAGUUAAAACGGAUAAUGCCAGCGUUAACAAGACUUAUAGCUGAACCAGAACCUCUAUUUACACUUAUAAACGGCCAAGCUGAAAACGAAGGGCGACUUGAAGUUUAUCAUAAGGGUCAGUGGGGUACAUUAUGUGGACAUAAUCUAGAUAAUGCCGAAGCCUCGAUUAUAUGCAGGAGUCUGGGAUAUUUUGGAGGAGUAGCUGCGGAAAAGGGUUCCUUUGGACCUGGAAAAGGUGGCUUCUGGGGCUAUAACAAAACCUGCAUUAGAAAUCAACGUUGCCCUGUUGUUAACGAGAGAAUAGAAUUCGCACACUGCAAACAUGCAAAUGAUCUUGGUAUCGUUUGUGAUCACAUGAUGAGACUUAUAGAUAUGGAUGGAUUUAUUUCUCGCAGUAGAGGCCGAUUGCAACUCUACCACAAGGGAAGAUGGCGGCCUAUUUGUUCACGGGGAUGGAAGGAAAGUGAAGUUCGAACGACUUGUAGACAAUUAGGUUAUCGAGAUGGGCGAUUGAUUAAUGGUGGUGAAGUGAAGCGAGGCAAUGAUAAUCUAUUUGUAUCUAACGUUAUAUGUGAAAAAGAGGCGAAUAUUUUGCAUUCGUGUAAUUCAAGAUCCUGGACUAUGAGUAAAUGUAACGGAUAUCUACCAGUGGCUUUAUAUUGUCAAUAGCCAAUACUAGUUCACUUGAGCCAAAAAUAAGAUGUUUAAGUAUACAAUAAAGAGAUAAUUUUGUUUAA